AUGAAGAUGGUCUAUGAUACCAUCGUACAGCCAGCGGCAAUUACGAUAGCUCCAAGAGCUAUUCCGGACACAGACCACUUCUGGUGGCCACGCAUUUGGAUCUAUGUCCCCCAAUUUGGCAUCGAAGUCCGCCACCUGCUUGGACAGCAGCCUUGGGGCCAACAAGCAUUCUUCCUCACCAAUGUUUGUGGGCACAAGGAUGCCAGCUGUCAUGAUGCACAACCUCAGAACAAACCAGAUGAGGUCUUCAUCACACAUUCGGAGCAUGAACUGGCCAGGAUGACAGCAGGACUUGAUCUCGAUAUGCUGAGCAGUAUGGAUUCAGAGGAGGAAAGUUGCUAUGUCGACAUCGGGAUUGAAGUGACAGUUCCAGGACAUACAGUCUGUUGGCAGACUGAUGGGCAUGAACACAUGGUUCAGAUGAUCAUUCCAGGCUGGAUGGAGAGGGAAUGCCACCAUCGCACGCAGUGGGGAUAUGACCGGUAUCGACAGGAUCUCCUUGCCCAGUUCACAGACAUCUCAGGGUUCCGGCUUGAACCUGUAGCUUGGCACAACACUCACAGCAUAACAUAUCUUAACGUCUAUCACACAGAGAAACAGCUCACCUACCAGCUCGCUGGGAGGUCAGUCACCAAGGAACUUGGUGCAGAUGUUAUCCUCAACUCAAAGGCUCCUGAUGGGGGAUCAAAAUGGUUCCAAGGGAUGUAUUCGUUGUAUGGAGAAGCAGCCCAGAAGAAGUUUUCAGGUGCAGCCCACUUCGAAGCAUGGCUUCCCAUUUGGCAUGUCCACUCUGUGCUCUGCACACUCCCUCUACAGUCUCUGCUCUGGGCCACGUUGGUCAUUCCAGCGGAUAUUCUGUGCAGGACAGUGGUAGGGAGCCUUGCAUCCAAGGAGAUGUCCUUGGCUUUGAGGGCAGCAGCACUGUGGAUGAUGAACGCCCUCAACAGUCGGCCAAAAGACGACCCCACAUUCAAGGCCCUGGCAGACUAUGUGCUUCCACACAUGGAAGAUGUAGCCUCAGAGCAUCUCUUCACUGACAUGCCGGAACUACUCCCAGACACGUUCACCGACAGGGCAGCCAGGGAUCAUGGGCGGGAGCCAGAAGAGGGGGAGGAAGGUGAUGGCAACGAAAUCGAACGGUUCAGUUACAUGCCAUUCGGCAUGUUCAUGACUCGGGCUCUGGUGCUCCAGCCUGAGACUGAUUGUCCUCGAUUGGAAUAUUCCCCAUGGCGAUGCAUAUCCAGGGAUCAUUGGCCAUUUUUACUCAAGUAUGACCUUCAGACACUCUGCCUAAAGACCUCAAAGAUUCAGCUGAUUGCUGAGAGGCACCCUGACCACGUUCCAUGGAGCACAUGCCCUACAGGACUCAUCGAGGAGCCACUGAUCCAUGGAGGUGCCGAUGACUCUUUCAAUCUUGAUGAUCUGAGGGAAGCACUUCUUGGAGGUGGAUAUGACCAUGUCAAUGAUCUCCCUUGGGCACAGCAAACGACUGCAGAAACAAAGGAGAUGGGGGAGAUGCUGAAGGAAAUUUGGUGGUCAUUUCCACGAGAUUUAUUGGUCAAGGCACCAGGGGUCAAGGGUGGUAGAGGAGCACACAUCUGA